CGCAUUACCGCGCGGUGCGGUAAAUAAAGUGCGGUUGCGGUAAGCGGUGCGGUUUUAUUAUUUUUUUGCGGUUGCGGUGCGGACAAUCCAUUUACCGCCCACAUCCGCACCGCGACGAACCCUACCCACAUGCAUGCGCUAGCCUACAAGUAAUAAACAUGGGGUCGCAUCUGACCCCAUCUGGUCCGCCGAGGUUUAAUGAUGCAACAUAAGAGUGAUGAAAUUGUACUAUUUUUGAAUGCUGGUACAACCAUCAGAUCAUCAAUCACCGCAACACAGUGAUGUUAAGCUAUAUGUGUGCGACUAAACCUUUCGCGUCCCAGAGUCGUAUUAUGCGCAACCGUUGCGUCGUGAGGUCACAUAUCUCAGAACUCGUUGUCAGUUUAUCAGUUGGCACCCGCUCCAACAAGUUUUAACACGUUCAUCGUCUAUUUCGUUUCCGUAGUCUUAUCGCCAGCUGGAUUCUAUUAUAUAUGAUUGCAAUAAUAUCAAACUGCCAAUCGAAAGUGUUCAAUUUUUAGAGGAUUCAAAAUAAACAGUAUCGCUAGUAGUUAGUUGAAGUGACUCGCACCUUUGAAAAUCGUAGCAAUGAAUGACACAGCGAAAACAAUUAACUACAUUGAAACGGAGCUGAUUCCUGCAAUGGUUAAACGACGUGUGCUGACUGUUGCCGACGGUGAAGACGAUGGUGCACUGCUGGAUUAUGUGGAUGUCAAAGCGUUGCAACCAGAUGGUACGUUCAUGCUGACCGUUUUGUUCAAGGCCAAGGUGACGCUGCGCAGUCAGAAAGAUGCAACGAAGCCGCGAGAAUAUCAUCUGGCAGUAAAGGUAACACCUCCUUGUUCGGAGGAAAUGUACAUGAGCUGCCAGUUCGAUACACUAUUCGAGAAUGAAACUAUUGCCUACACGGAAAUCAUACCAACGCUGGGAAAAGCACAUCUCUACCCCAGAUACCACUACUCGCACAGGAAACCAAGGGAAGCAGUCAUGGUACUAGGCGAUUUCUCCGUUGAUGGUUGGAAAAUGGCACCAGUGAUAGUGAAUUUACCACUGGACCACUGUUUACUGGCAGCUCGCGAACUUGGCCGAUUCCAUGGUGAAUGCUACGCCUUGAAAGAAAAGAAUCGUUCAUCCUUCGAUAGCAUUAUCGGAAAGUUUAAAGAAUCACGAUUCGGUGCCGAUAUAGGGGAAAUGAGCUGGAUGGAGGUGAUGAAAACCGGUCCAAAACGAGCGAUUAAAGUAUUACGCGAAAGCCCCUUCAAGGAUGCUGUGCCCGAGGACUAUUUGCAGAAGCUUGCCAAGGUAAUGGAAGAUCCGUGGGGAGUGCAAAAGCGCAGCGUCAUACCGAAAGAACCGCUCGCAGUUAUUUGUCACGGUGAUUAUUUGCGCAAUAAUAUUGCGUUCAAGUAUGCUGAUAAAAUGGAUCCGGCAAAACCAACCAACGUAAUGAUGUUCGAUUUUCAAACCCUCCGCUAUGCCUCGCCAAUGAUUGAUUUCUCGGUGUUCAUUGCCAACUCGACUGGAUAUGAUGUGCGGGAGAAACAUUUCGAAACUAUUUUCCAGGCCUAUCAUGGCGAACUGGUGCGGACACUUUGCAGUAUUAUUCAGACCAAUCCAAACGAUUUGCCACAGUAUUACAGCUAUGAUUCGUUUCGGAGAGAGUAUGCUCGGUACAUUCUGUAUGGAUUUGCGAUUGCAUCUAGCUUUUUGAUGAUUUUACACGAACCAGUGGAAGAUACCUUCGCAAUGGAGAAUAUGGCUAAAGAGGAGAUUAUCGAAGAUACAAUGAAGCGCGGUGGACCAUCACUGGAUAAAGAGCUAGCUGCUAUGGUUUAUGAAAUGUACGAGCUACACGAACAGUACGGGAUUGUUCUUGAAUAGCUGGAGAGUAUUUAUGUUUUAUACAUCAGGCAUCAUGUGUGAUAGACAAAGUGUCAUUGUUUGAGGUUACCAAUUUUGAGAAUAGUGAUAAGAUUAAGGUGCUCUCAUCAUGAGUGAGUCAAUGUGAGAAGACUAGCACAUUAGCCACAGAGUGCUCAGGAUAAUGAAUUAUAAACGAUAAAAAUCUUUACUGUAUCGAUUUUUUUGGCUAUUUUAAACAAAUUUAAGAUUAAAAAUAUUUGUGAUUAAACCACCGGUUCUAUAAUUAUAUUGAAUUCGAAAUAAAUAA